GGAUUCCCGAGGGCCGGACGGAUACAUACAGGCGCUCCUGGUCCAGCGGCUGCAGAAGCCGCGUUUCUCUCGCUAAGGAAGGAGCUCGUUCGUGCAGCAGAGGAGCGCUCGCCAGAUCCUCCCAGGACAAGAGCAGGAAGAUCCAAUAUGCCACAAACAAGAAUGCGCAUGAGGCCUUGGAUGGAAUUGCAGAUUAAUUCCAAUAAAAUUCCUGGACUCCAAUGGAUCAAUAAGGAAGAAAAGUUGUUCCAGAUCCCAUGGAAACACGCGGCCAAGCAUGGCUGGGAGCUGGAAAAGGACGCCUGCCUUUUCAGAAACUGGGCCAUUCACACUGGGAGGUACAAACCAGGCGAUAAAGAACCUGACCCUAAAACCUGGAAGGCAAAUUUCCGUUGCGCCAUGAAUUCAUUGCCUGAUAUUGAAGAGGUGAAGGACAAAAGCAUCAGCAAAGGUUCCAGUGCUGUCCGGGUCUACAGGAUGUUGGAACCCUCGGCAAAGUCACCAAAGAAAGAGAAGAAAUCAAAGUCCCUGAAAAUCAAGAGUGCAAGAAAGUCACUGGAUGAUAUCAAGACAGAAGAGACAGUCAGUGCAACAAACAGCAUUCAGCUGCCGGACGACCACAGUAGCUAUGUGCUUCCCAGCUACCAACCAGAGAAAAUGGAAGUGGGGAGCACAUUAGGAGAUCUCUCCUCGUGUAACUUAAACCCUCCUGACUGGGGGUGCCCACUGGAGCAUCAGUUGCCUGACAGCACAAACGACUUGUAUACAUUUCAAGUGUCGCCCAUUGCAUCCUCCUCUGAUGGAACCGAUGAGGAUGAAGAUAAAUUUGCAUCGGGUAACUUGUAUCAGGAGCUACUAUCAUCCAGUUGGCAGCCAACCAGUGUUGGUGGGAAAGGCUUCCUGAUCAAUGAGACGGGCAUGCAAAAUUUCUUCAUUGACUACUUCCAGGACCAAGAUGCUGCCAUUGAUACAACAAAUGCAGAAAUUACAUUGGACAUGAAAGCCAACUUGGAUUUCACACUGGAGUCACUAAGACCAAGUUUGCCCACCAUACCUUGUAGCAUGUAAAGCUGUUUUUUGUUUUUGUUUUUUAACCGUCAAGGCUGCGCUGUUUUAUUUCUUUUGUCAUAUGUGAAACUGAACCUAACGGGGAGCAUUGCUGAUGCUCUUCUCAAUGUUUAGACCCAAAAGUCAAAUUCAAGAUUACAGCAUCUGCAGAUGAGCAAAGAUAUCUUUGUGGUAGAACUGCGUCCCACUCAGUUGCUUGACUGUAUCAUGAGCCAAUUAAGUCAUUAUUGCUGCUUUCCCAUCUUAAUUUGUUCCUGCAUUUAACAUGAUCAGGGCUCAAACUAUUUAAACAUGCAAUAUACAUGAAAAGGUGCUUUGCACCUUUAACAAAAUGGCAGAUAUUUUAAUCACAUCCAUAGCUUAUACUUGUCACCAGUGCAUACAUCUGGAAGACUGGCGAGGCAAUUACCGACCGAAGACAUUUAGUACAAGUUUGUGCUUUUGCAUUCAACCAAACAUUUCCACAGGGAUGUCCUUUUUUUGUGAUCUGAAGUCUCAGAUCUGGACCGCAGUUUUGUAAAUACGUUUCACUCAGUAAUAUGUGAAAAUCAGAUACACAUGUAGUUCUGUUUACUAGGCAUUUCUGAAUUUUACUCAUAGGACAUUUUAGUGCUUUCCUGACAACAUAUUUCAGUUUAUUGUCAUCAGUUUUUUCAGAUGGGCACUAUGUUUCACUCUUUUUCCAAUUCUAAUGUUCUGUUUAUUUAUAUGGUGCCAUUAUCAAGAAUCCUCUGAAUGGGUAUUGUUGAGAGUCAAUAGAAGUUUUAGUAAAGUGUAUACUUAUUGAGCUACAAGAUAAAGUGUUGGUCUCCACAAAUCAUCAAAUCACUAAGCUGCAGCCUUAGCAGUUUUGUCCCUGUACAUAGUUUUUGUAUAUAAAAGGUUUACAAUUAUUUUAAUUAAAAAAAUGUAUAUUUUGUUUCUUGUUUUAUUUCAUGUUGGAGGUGCCCAAAUAAGGAACAUUUUAAAAUAUAUUUAUUAUUUUUAUUGAAUUCUUACAACAUAUUACAACACAGACAAACAUAUUUUCUGGUUUGCCUUGAUUAGGGCUGUACACCAGAUUCAACUGAAUGUGAAACUAAAUUGGGUAAAUUUGCAUGGGCUGAGACAGUUCUGGGUCGGGUUGGACCACCCAAAAAUGACCCAAGGCUAUCUAAAAUACAGGGUGGUCAGGGUGCAAGGGAGGAGAGGGAGGCAUGCAGUCUUGCAAGAAAGUAAGCUUCCUUUAUCUCGCUGUGACUUCCUUUCAAUUAAACAUGCUCAAGUAAGCCUGGCAGAAGGAAAACAAGCCUUUAAAAUAGCGUUUGAGUUACACCACCCUUUUUGCCAGCUUAAUUCAUGCCAGAUUGCCAAAGUACAUGGCUGAACUGAACAGGUUUAGGAUCCAGCUUAAUUCUCCACCCCCUACCCCAGAUCUGUCCCCACCUUGUGGUUUUAAGGGCCAUUUUAAACAACAGCAGAGGUUCGAGUAAAGCUUGAAUGGGUGGACAUUAAGUGUUUAAAAAACCCCAACUAACAAGCCACUUUUAACCAGGAGAAAUAGCAGAGACGGGUACAAUGCAGACACUUAACAGCAAAAAGCUAACAGAGCCUUUCCAAAAUCUCUUCUUGCUGUAAUCAAAUUUUGUUUUAAACUGCCACUGCCCCCUUAGUGUUACCUCCCUGCUUAUUCAAACCCCUGUCAUUGUUUAUAAUAAUCACUUUCCCCCUUCUCAGUGUUUCUUCCUCCUAGGUUUUCCCCAAGCAGCCUGAGACUUUGCCUAAGUGUCAGCCUUUGCACCUUACCACUUCAUGCCUCUUCUGGUUCUGGGAGACAUGAGGGGGAGACAUCCUGGCUUCUUCACCAGUUGGACUCAUCUCUGCCACUUGGCCUCCCUCCCUUGCUUCUCUCUGCCAUGAACUCUCCCUGAUCACUAAACCCUGUAACUUCUUCAGCUUCCAACAUGUUCUCUUCCCAGUCUUCUCCCUCUGGCUGUUCAUCAUUGUCCCACCACCAAUCCCUGGGCUCUGAGCCUUCUUCCCUUGGGGGUUCCCCAGCUGGUUCUUCCCCACCAUUCUUCUGCAUCCAACCAGUCCAUGACACUACCUCUCAUUUGGAAAUAUAACCCAAUGGUUUUUGAAAUAUCUUCAUGCAGGGAACUCUUGGCAUGUAUGAUUGCCUGCCAACUACUCAUGUGCCUGCAACUUCACAUUCUCCUGUGGCUCCACAUUGCAGGGGGAGAUUGUGAAUGCAGAAACUACUACUUUUCAGGGGGCUUUAUAUGCCAUGACUCAACAAAUUUCCAAACUGGUAAAUUUCCUGUGCAACUUGUGAGGAAUCCCACUGUUCCCUAAAAUUUAGUUACCGCCAAAAACAAUUAGUACAGAAGGGGUAUUUAAGUGAAAAUCUCCCACAUACGGCAAGCACGCUGGUGGAGAAAUUUGGACUAUUCUUGCUGCUAGAAGGAGGUUUGCCUUUGCAAAUUUGUCAGUGAGACUUUUGAAAAGGGACUCUAUUCACAUACUGUACAGGGGUACCUCGGUUUAAGUACACAAUUGGUUCCGGAAGUCUGUACUUAAACUGAAGCGAACUUUCCCAUUGAAAGUAAUGGAAAGUGGAUUAAUCCGUUCCAGAUGGGUCCGCGGAGUAAUUAAACGGAAAGUACUCAAACCAAGGCGUACUUAAACCGAGGUAUGACUGCACAACUUAGCUGUGCUGAGCAGACCCCCUACCUAACUGAUAUCCCCGAGGAGCAUUCCUGAUCAUGUGGGCUGUAUGCAUGAAUAUCUGCAGGAUAUGUCCACUCCUCUCCCCAUAGAUUGAGUGUAUGCCCAGAAUAGGAUCAUCUGGCUCCCCAAUAAAUUUCUCUCUUUCUGAAUGUGAUGCAGUGUCUACUGAUCACUUUAUCUCUUCCAACCAGCUGUAGCAUCUACAUGUUUUGCGACCUAUUGCACUGAUGGCAGCAAGCCAGAGCGCUUACAACUGCUUUUCUUAAUAUUGGAAUCAAGCUUCCUUUGUGAACUACAGUAUUGGCAACUACAGUUGUCAUUUCUGUUUUAGAAUGUCCAGUUGUCCAAUUUUAAAAACCAGUGUUAAGAAAAAUGAAGAGUUAGCAAGAGUGGAGUUUUUCCUCUCUUUAAAAAGUAUGGAACCGUGGUUUUCUGCUUUGUCUUUCCACCCACUUUUGAUUAUUCUUGUGACCUCAAAGUAACAAACAGACAUUUCUUCACAGGGAUUAUGAUAUUUGGAUAGCUACUAGACUUGGCGGGCAAAAAAGGCUGCACCAGGCUGAAUGUUCGUCCAUGUUUUACAAGAGAUUUGCCAUCAGAAGGCAGAUUGCCCUGAUGUGAUUAACUUUUUUUCAGCCACAUUUCACUAUGAAGUCUUCUUGGGUAGAUCGUGAGGAUAAGAAUUUGCUUUUAGACAAACUUUUCUAUCGCUUUUUGACAUUUCUGUGCUUCCAAAUAUUAUGAGAGUGGAGGCACUCCUAACACACACACACACAGAGCAAAGAAUAUAAAAUAACAAGGCAGCCUAUUAAAGCAUUGAACUUGUUUUAAUACCCUGCCUCCUUCUGAAGCUAGCAACCAUCAUUUCCUGGUUCAGAUGAGGACACUGGUCUCAUCCAUGCUUCUGCUUAUCCGUGCUUAGAAAGAAUGAGUCUGAGUGGGUCUCUACCGGUAGGUUUUCUAGGAAGGAGUCUGAGCGGUUUUGCCUUUGCCCUACCCCCUUUCCCACAGGAAACUCCUCUCUUCAGAGCUAAAUCAGAACAAAUGGCAAUCCACAGAAAAUCUGACUGCCAUUUUAUUGGGGGGGAAGCAGUGGGGCGAAGGGAAGUGUGCCCUUGGGUUACCCAAAAGCUUCCUGGUUUAACUGCAGCUUGCAAUAAGGAAGGGACAAAGGGGUUUCAUGUGGAGGAAGGGGGAUGGCCUGUUCAUAAGCCAAGAUAUGGUUCUCCAAACUGGCACAGUAUAUGCUAUGAUGAUUCACAGUAUUCCUAUUUAAAUUGUGCCUAAUCAAGGCAUGUGGGACCAUCUGCAGUUAACUCACAUUAACAACAACAACAGUCAAGUCAGGACCAUUUCAAUAUUCAGAUUUGCAUGCCAGACUAAUCUGCAUCUGGAGAAAGUUCCGGACGUUGAAAGGCUCAGAGACUAUCUUGCCAAAGGGAAGGGCAAUUUCCCUUAACGCAGCAGGAUCAGUGAAAACACUUUUGCUUUGUGCAAACGCCUUUUGCCAAGAUUAUUUCACACUAUGAUUGCCUGUUAAAACCAGAUUUCAGCACAAACCCUUAUGCCCCUGUGUGUGUUUGCCCUUCCUUUGCUGGCACCUUACCCUUUCAGUAGGUCCCCAUCCCUACCACCAACCAGCAGCCAGACCAUUCCAGAGGAGACCAUGUUUGGAUGUGGCCUGGAGACUCCACUUCUGCUGAAAGGAGCAGGGUGGAGCCUCCUCAUUCACCUCCCUGAAGGGAGGGAAGGAGGACAGCCACAGGGCCCCAGCCAGAAUGAAGGGUAGGGAAACUUGGGAGGCCAUAACAUGCCCCUCAAGGUGGGGAAAGAAGGGCAGUGGAAGUCCAGAGAAAAGGCUGGAACAGGGAGCCCUCCAAACCUGGUUGACUGCAGUAAUGACCUUGGUCAGCCACUGGCUAAAGGCCUAGAAGCUCUGAUAAGACUCUGAUUCAGUCAACAAAGGCUGAAUGAACCAACCAACCAACCAACCAACACUACUGUGCUACUCAUUAGCUUCCCUCCUCCCCACCAGGACAACUGGUUUUCCUUUAUGUUCACAGCUCCAGGUCCAUCCCUUUACCACUGGGCCACCCUCAAAGGCCUUACCCAUGCACUGGAUUUUUGACUUUCAAGAGUUGACAGCUGAGUGACAUCAACACUUUCAGCUUCCGGCACCACCAAGUCACAGAGGCUGUGUGUACACGAUACAUUUAAAGCACCCGCACAUCCAACACUCCUGGGAACUGUAGUUUGCUCCUCACUGAACUAUAAUUUCCCAGCACUCCUAACAAAUGGCAGCCCUGGGAUUCUUUAAAUGCACAGUGCGUUCAGAUUUAGAGUCUUGAGUAUCAGGUUUGGGAUGCUGCACACCUGCCAACCCUUGUUUUGAAAAUAUAAGGCCACCCCUGUCAUGUCAAAUAAAUAAGGUCCUCCAUACAAUUAAUGGCAUAUGUGACAUAAGUAGAGGUCACCUGGAUCUUGGUAAAUGAAACAUGAUGUAGGGGAACUCCAGGUGUAUUUACAUAACUCUUUUAUUAGAGGAAUUUUUUCCCUUUCUGUUGCUGAGGUUGUUGCACUCUUCUUUAUUCUCAGUAGCCCCAUGAAAUAGCAUGUGGGUCAAAUGUUUAACCACCAAGUCCAGCCUUGCAAUCAGCACGAAGUUUUCCUAAAAUGACCAAAUGCAACUGAUGGUAGAGAAAUAGCCAACGGCAGCCUGUUUUGUAAUCCUUAUUGUUUGUGUCACAGUACGGUAGUUAUUCCCCCUGCUUCAGUAUGUGGUAAUUAAUUUUAAAGUGCCAAUAAACCCAAAACAGUGUUCUUGAAGCUACGGACAUGAGUUUGACCAAACUGCGGGAGGCAGUGGAAGACAGGAGUGCCUGGUGUGCUAUGGUCCAAGGGGUCACGAAGAGCCGGACACGACUAAACGACAACAAACCCAAAACAUUAUCCACAGGCCAACAGUUAUUUUGUAUCAA